UAAGGUAACCGGAGAUUCAGACAUGCGCAGUGACCAGAUUGCGACACAGAAAAGAACCACAGAAGAAUAACGAAAGAAAAAGGGGUUUUUUAUUAAAAAAAAAAAGAAAAAAGAAAAGAAAAGUUGUCUGUUUGGUUCUGUUCUUUCUCUGGGUUUUGUCUAUGGCAAAAGUAGAAGAUGAACAACAACAACAACCCCCAAAUUCUUCAUCCAUGGAGCCACCUUCCUCGUACAUCUUCCUCCUCAACAUCAUGAGCAAAAGAAGAACAUGGGCAUGUCUCUUCUUGCUUGUUUAUGGCACCCUCUUAACAUCUUCAUGGAACUUUCUGAAAUCCAUGCUCUCUUGGUACAAUCUCCAAGCUCAAUCUUCAUCAUCAUCUUCUUCAUCCUCAUCUGGGUGGCCAGCAAUCUACACCUCAGUGAUUCUUGGCACAGUUUUCGGGAUCCUUUCAAUGGUUGCAGCUUUGGUUGUGAUGGUACCUGCGAUUCUUGUGACAUGGAUAACUAUAGUGGUGCUCCUUGCUUUCUUCGGUAAGCCGAAAAGAACUUUGGUUGUUGAAGGUAGGAAGAUUACAAGGGAGAUUUUUGGGUUUGUGGUUAAGAUUCUUUUGAAGGAAGGGAAUCUUGUUGCUGCUGUUUGUGCUGUUUUGGGGUAUUUUGCUUUGGUUAGGAGGAAUAAUUAUGAUGGACAAGCCUCUGCUGCUGUUGAUUGAUAUUUUGGGGUUUCCAAUUUGGUCAUGAUUGGAUUUUGGGGUUUGAUCAUGAAGAUUCAUAGAUUGGGGUUUUCCAAAAUCAUGGAAGGUUGGUGUUCAUUUGGUAAAGUCACUUAAUCUCUCUCUCUCUCUCUCUCGUUCUUUUUUUUUUCCCCUUUUUGGGAAGGUAUAGAGUAGGGAACUAGAUUAGAAUUAGAAAAGUUGGAAACUUUGACAAUGUUACUGAAAUGUAUUAAGUGCUAAAUAUGCUUAAUUAUCUUGGUAUAUGAUCUUGUUGAUUCAUUAAUUCCAAAACUUAGAAGCUA